ACCCGGUCCCGUUAGACUCCCCCUGCUGUAUUUUUCCCCUGCCGAUGCAGCAUGCUGUGGGGCCGGCGGGGCUCGCGCUUGUUGCUCGGGCUGGGCGGCCUGGCCGUCCUGAGUAUGCUGAUGACGUGGAUCGUGCUCGGGAGGAGCCCGCAGACCCGACGGCGCCUCGUCCCGGCUUGGGAUCGGGGCACCAGCGCACCCAGGCCCGAGGACAGGGCAGAGGCACCCGCUCAUACUCAGGACUUUCAGGUACAGCGUGAUAUACAGAACUACACCAUCCAAUCAGUGUGCAGCAGGGAGGGGAUGCCCAGAUCGCCUUACAACCUCGAACCUUGGGAGCAGAAGACUCUCUUCAGGCAUAUCAUUGUCAAUGACAAAUACAAGUUCUUGUACUGCUACAUACCAAAGGUGGCCUGUUCCAACUGGAAGAAGGUUAUCAAAGUUUUGGACGGUAAAAUCGAACACGUCGAGAAGAAGGUAAAGAUGGACCAUCGGAAAGACCUGGUGUUUUUAUCGGACUUGCCACCAGAUCAAGUUAAAAGUCGCCUGGAGAGUUACUACAAGUUUAUGUUUGUGCGUGACCCAACGCAGCGCUUGCUGUCAGCAUAUCGGGACAAAUUCGCCAAUAAGGCUAUCGUGGAUUUUCCUCUGAGAUACGGGAAGGACAUUAUCAGGAAGUAUCGUGCCAACGCGCCCGAGAACGUCAAUGGAACAGACGUUACGUUUUCAGAGUUUGUCCAUUAUCUAUCCGACACCGAUCCACGGGAUAUGAACGAACACUGGCAGCCCUUCACCAAGCUCUGCCAGCCCUGCUCCAUCCAGUAUGACUUCAUCGGAACGCAGGAAAACUUGGAGGCAGACGCCGAUCACGUCCUACGGGCCGUCGGCGCCCCACCAAGCAUCAGGUUCCCCCGGCGACAGCCGUGGUACAAGCCCACCGACAAGAAUGUGCUGCGGCAGUACCUGUCAGAAGUGCCACCGCAGUUCCUAAAGGAUCUCAUACCAAAGUACAGCAUGGAUUAUAUGAUGUUUGCAUACCCAAUUCCUGAGCUUGACACAAUUUAACGGUGGUAUGAUACCACAACCCAGAGCUGAGCAAUGAUAGCUAUAAUACCCGUUUCUGAACUGUUCCCUUAGUAACGCUUAUGUGAUACCAACCCUGAGCUGAACACUAUUAAAUGCUGGUAUGAUAUCUAUUAGGUCAGCAACUGGAUUUAAUUUUCAACUUUGCUGGACUAGAAAAGAAGGGUUUUUCCCUAGAACUGUCAUAGAGUGGAAGUCAUUGCCACCAAGUACAGUAGGAGCAUACUUAUUGGAUAGCUUUAAACGAUGCUUGCAGUUAGAUGUGCAAAUUUAGGCUAGGUGAGACGGGUCAUUCGGUGUAAUAUAACCAGCUGCUGCAGUGUUGCGUGCCUGCAAAGCUGGUGUAUUAUGUCGAAUGACAGUUAUAUUAGUAAUAGAUAAGAGUUGUUAUUCAAUUCAAUUUUAUUGGGAAUCAACUGGAAGUGUACAAUGUUGAAAGCAUGUCCACUGAAUUGUGUUGAUGGGUUCUUACAAACCAAAUGGCAAUAUGGAUAAUCAGUCAUGUGGAUUUGUGGACACAGAAUUAAUUUAUUCUUUAUUGUGUAGUCAAUGUAGUACCGAAAAAAGAUCCAAGUCUUAACAUCAAUCUGGUAUUCCAGUCUACAUAUUUCUUGGCCGAGUCCAGAGCUGGCAAUACUCUACACAUGAGAAAAUGAUAGGACAAGUACCUUUAUACUCCAUGGAUUCCCUUCAACAAGUGCCUUUCGUCACUGUGUAUGUUGAAAAUAGAUGUGCAUAUUCUUAUAAUGAAGAAAUUCUCUAUUUUGUCACCUUGUAAAUGAGUGCCAAAACCAGUCCAUUGUUUGUAAUGAGAUUAUUGAUGAAAUACCCAUGUGCCAUGUUCACAUCGCCAUCUAUUGUAUACUACUAGUACUUCUCGCAGAAUUGAACAUUUAUUACUGAGAACACUUCUCACUUAGUCCACAGUGCCAGUGGUCAGUUUUGAUGCCAACAUUUGAUGUUAAGAAUGAUUGCAAUAUUACAGUAUGUCUCUGUAGAUUCAAUGUUUAUAGAAGUAUGUUGUGAAAAAUAGCUUUAUGAAGCUACACAUUAUGAAAUCGUGCCAUCUCUAGUAUUAUGGACUACCUUUGCCGUUUAGAAAUUAUGUAUUGUAGAAAUUUUAUUGCAAUGUAUGCCAGGCCUUCUCUGAUCUAAAGCUUGUAUAGAUGGUGACUCCUAUGGAGUUAGGAGCUGUGUUUUAUCCUCCUACAUAAUCAUGAAUGCCUCAAGAUGGGGAAAAGGCUGAGACUACUUCUCAUUUUGUUAUCAUGCUUUUGGCAAUUCACAUUUUUUUAGCGUACAUAGUAUACUUGUAGGCUCGCCAAUCAUGCUUGUGUGUAAUGUUAAGCCUGACCAGAUUUCUUGCCAUUAUUUGGAAAGGUGCUAAUUAUGAUAUGUAAAGAUAUUUCAGUUUUAAUCAUGCCUCUAGGACAGAAAUAUGGCAGCCUCAGUAAACUAACCAGGCUGAUACUCAGGCUAGGAUAGAAACACAUCAUUUUUAAGUU